AUGAUAUGCAUUAAUUUAACUUACAAGCAUAAUGGCUAUAGACAUGAAAGACUGAGGCGUCAGCAUUCACCAGUGCCACCUCUUACGGAUGAUGUUAUUGUUUUAGUCCCACCUGUCACUGAUGAUGUUGAUCCAGUGCGACCUCUAGAGGGUGAGGCUGUUGCGGAUGCUGAACCGUGGGCUUUUGGAGGAGGUCCAUUUGAUUUAUCCUUACUUCCUCUAUAUCUAGACCAUACUGCCAGACAUAUAUGGGACAACGAGAAGCGUGAUCCCCAAAAGUUUGUUAACCACAAGAGAAAGAUUGUUGCAUUGCCUCCGCCGAAUGAGGAUUGGUUUUUGUCGAUUAUGACUUUAUCUGGCAUGAAGGACCUAUGCAUGACCGGUUACACUCUGGUCAACCACGGGAUGCUUAAUGCACCCGUGGAGAGAUGGCACUCUAAGACCUCGUUGUUUCAUCUCCUGCAUGGUGAGAUGUCUAUCACACUAGACGAUGUCUCGUUUUUGUUACAUCUUCCGAUCAGGGGGAGAUUCUUCGAUCAUGGAAAGGUUAGUAAAGACAAGGCACUUGAGAUGAUCGUAGAGUAUCUAGGGGAUGAUCCAGAGAAGGCGAUGAAGGAGGUGCAUAUGACCAUGGGUGCUCAUGCUAGAUUUGAGUUCCUGAGGAACAUUUAUGCGACUGAGAUCCAGAGAGCAGAGCAGGAUGAUGGUGAUUGUUGA